AUGGAGUUAUUGCCAAUCCGAGCGAGAGCCAAUGAGGGAACACCAAAUUCUAGUGAACUAUUUUUUAUAGACAGCAAGAAGUAUAGCCCAGAAUACUUCAUCACAUGCGUAUUCCCAUUUAUACCAGGAGUUGAAAAAGACGAGACACCAAACUUAAAGCCAAGGACUGGGUCUCCUGCCAUCCGGGUCUAUGAAGAUCUGCACAAACAAAUAAAAAAGUACACAGCAGAUAUUGACAGGUUUAAAGAACUUGCAGAUACACCCACCAUAAAUCUGUCAAUUGACUUUAAAGUUCUCAAUUAUUUGCACAUCCAAGACAAAGUGUGCUUCCGGUUUCCCAUCAAAAAUGAACCAGAAAUAUAUGCAGCAGACUUAUUCCGGGCACACUCCAUCCCAGAAGGAGAAGUACUUGCAAUAUUCAUAUUUUACAUACGGGAAAGCAUCUUAGUGCAAAUUCGUGAGAUACUGAGUCUGCGUGACCCAGAAGGAAUUCCAGUAGAAAAAGAAGAAUUUCAGCAAAAACAAGCAACUGUCCAUACAGAAGGAAUAAGUACCCUAAAUCAACAGCACGUCAGAUAUGACUCAUUUGGGAAAAUUGUGAUUUCAAAGGAAACACCAGAUAAAAAAAGAAAGAAAAAGCAAGGUGACAGUUAA